AUGGGUCCUCCUGACUGGAAAUUAUUCCAGAGAUGCUGGGAAAGAAGAAAGAAUUUUAAAGGUGUCUUUUCUGUGUUAUCUCAUUCUCCAGAACAUGCUGUAGUUAUUUAUAAAUGUGUAACCACCAGCUGCCUUUUCUCACAGUUUUUUUCUCUCAAAAAUACUCUGAUAAGCAGCAAACAAGGAACAACCACAGGACUACAGGCAUUUGUAUGUAUAUCUUCAAAAGCAGUACAGCAGGGAUAUAUAAAAAACAUGAAAAGCAAAUUAAUAGGAUUUCUUAUGAACUUCUGGAUUUCUUUUUCACUUGCUUUGUAUUUUCACAUUGGAGAAAGAGAAGAGAAAUGCAUAAUUGAAGAUAUUCCCAGUGACACCCUGGUAGUUGGGAAUCACAAAGUACAACGCUGGGAUUUACAUAUGCGUGACUUUCUUGAUUCUGCUCCUGGUUUGGGAAUGUUUGUGACUGUCACAAGCCCUACUAGUGAGGUACUGUUGUCAAAACUGUAUGGGCCACAAGGGACCUUUACAUUUACAUCCUUCAUCUCUGGGGAGCAUAUCAUCUGUUUCCAGUCUAACUCCACAAGAUUUGCAGUGAUUGCAGGAAGUAAACUGCGCAUCCAUUUGGACAUCAGAGUUGGAGAACAUUUUUUGGAUGAAUCUGGUAUUCAAGCCAAAGACAAAGUGAAUGAAGUUAAUAUCAGACUAGAGAAUCUAAUUGAGCAAAUUCAUCAUGUAACCAGAGAACAAGAGUAUGAAAGAGAGCGUGAAGAAAAAUUUCGGAAAACAAGUGAAGAAACCAACAGCAAUAUUUUGUGGUGGGCUAUAGUACAAACACUAAUCCUCAUCUCUGUUGGAAUCUGGCAAAUCAAAUCUCUCAGAGAUUUCUUCAUAUCUAAGAAGCUUGUUUAA